UAUGUCGUUGGACAGUGCCAUCAGCAUUGUAUUUUAUUUUAUAAACCCAGAGAUUUCCCAGUGCUUCUUUCCCUUCAGGCAGGUCGACAAUGCUGAAAGUAUUAUUUUGCUCAAAUGCAUCUAUUUCAUCAACCAUUGAAUCGCGCCAUACUUUAUCUUGCAAAGCUUCUUUAUAGCUCUUAGGCUCAACCCCUGCUAACACUACUGCCAGAAAAGCUUGAUGGCCUUUAGAGAAAAUGGCGUCAGAUAUGUAAUGUUCAAGAAGGUAUGGAGUGUUACCUGGUACCGUAGACGAAGACUUUUAUUCUGGCUCGAGAAGAACGGGAAGUGUAUUAUCAGUGCAGCGGACAUUGUAAAGCAAGUAAUCAUCCAGUUGUUUUGGUGGUUGUUUAGUGCGAUGAACUCGUCCCAAAGGGAUAAUUUCUGAGCUAGAAUCAAUUGUCGGAGCAAGUUCUGGUGGUUGUUCAGACAUGGAUAACAGAUCAGCAGCGACUGCAGGAGUUGAAUCAGCUGCGACAACUGGUGUCUCUGAAGCAGUAGUUGCAGGCUCAAUAACCGGAGCAUGAGAGGAAUCAGGUAACACUCCAUACCUUCUUGAACAUUACAUAUCUGACGCCAUUUUCUCUAAAGGCCAUCAAGCUUUUCUGGCAGCAGUGUUAGCAGGGGUUGAGCCUAAGAGCUAUAAAGAAGCUUUGCAAGAUAAAGUAUGGCACGAUUCAAUGGUUGAUGAAAUAGAUGCAUUUGAGAUGAUGAAGAAGCUGGUGAAGAAGGUAGGAGCCGGGACUCUAACGCCGGAGCUGAAAGAUAAGCUCAAGGCUUGUGUUCCGGAUUCCAAAGUCGUGAUGGGCAGAGCCAAGCGCGGUCUCUACGCUGGACGCCAUAUCCAGUACGGUAACCGCGUCAGUGAAGACGGUGGCAACAAGUCAAGAAGAUGUUGGAAACCGAACGUCCAGGAGAAGCGAUUGUUCAGCUACAUAUUCAACCGCCACAUUAAAGUCAAAGUCACAACGCACAGUGGAGCAAAGAUACGCUGAGCUAGGCCAAAUGGAAGUAGCAUUUGUAAGGAAGCUCGAAGAAAGUCGUAUGGAGAUAAAGGCGGAGAAGAGAAGGGUGAGGAAGAAGCUUCUCUCGAAGCUGGAGGGUUGGAAUCACACCAAGAUGAUCAUGGGUGGUUAGAAGCUAAUACUUUCUGAGUUUCUUCAACGUUACAUUUUUUUUUAUGCUAUGAUUGAACUCGAUCAAAACCUAUCCGGAUUGCUUUCGAUUAAUCUAAACUAAGAACACAACCAAUUUAAUGAGUUCACGACCAACGAAAGUUACAUUAGACUCAUUCAUUCCUAUUCUAAUCUCUGUUAAGAGUUAGGCGAGUCAGAUUACAAACACGAGCUAAUAGCUAAGAUACGUAGUUGAGACUCUUUUUCGUCGUCGAGCUUGAUCUUCUUGCUUUUUCUCUCUUAACUCUGUUUUCUCUAUUGUUGCAGGUUGAAUUCUGUUUUGAUAUGACUGAUCUCAUGGCUUAGCUACAGAUAAUAGGAAGGCAAUACCGUGGUUUCUGUGGAUGAUAUGGAAGAACCGUAAUUCAGUUGUGUAUGCUAACACACAAGACUCACAUGAACGUCUAGUGAGAGAGGCAGUUGAAGAAAACGAACCUUUUGGUUCAGUUUAAACAAACGGGAGUCACAACAUGGAGCAUCUGGUUCAUCUUGUAAGGUAACAGAGACAUGGUCGCCGCCUUUGGAAGGAACUGGAGAAAUGCUUGUCUUCAUUGUGGUGUAGCUUGGAUAGCAAGGGACUACUAAUGGUAUAAUUCCUCAUCAUGCACGAGACGCAUCGUUUUGGCUAUACAGAGCAGCAUAGAUCUUGGAGUUCCUGAGAUGUGAGAGCUUUAGAUUAUAGGGAGGUUAUCGAUGCAAUCUAUGGCCCGGCUUACUGGCCAAGGUACCCGUCUCUCCUGGAAGAAAUCUCAUCUCUUAAAGCAAUGUUUCACAAAUAUCAGGUUCCACUAAUCUAAAACUCCCUAAAUUUUCUCAAAUCCAAUAAGCCCCUCAUAGAAACGUUAGAGGAUAGACAUAAAAUAUAUUUAUCCCCUAUAUAUAUAUAAACCCUUUUAUUAAAAAAAAGCAUAGAAACCCUAAUCUUAACCUGCAAUUCUAGGAUAAACAAUGGCCUUUUCUUUUCUUCGAUCUUGCGUCAAGUCUAUUGGUGUGUCUCGUCAACUGAUAGUCCUGGAAUCUAAAGUAACUUGUCUGGAGCCUCAUGCUCCAGGUCCGUUGACGAUUGCAUCUAAGAUAAGAGCUUUUUCUUCUUUUACUCGGCGUACGCGGACUAGAUCCAACGCCCUUAACCCGCCUGUCAUUGAAGCAUUCCAGCUUGGAUCUAGCAUAAUUAGCCUUGAGAUGAUAGACGAUGAAAAAAAUCACGGUUCUGUGUUGUGUCACAUGGAUGGCACUACAGUACGAUCCAAGAUUAUCAUGUCCCACGACAAAUACAAUGAUGAUAACUUCUUACAGGUUUAUUACGAUGAGACUAGAUAUGGUGAAAGAUGGAGAUCUCAUGACCCAACUGAUCGAGAGAUCAUGUGUUCUCAUAUUAUUGACAGGUCGAUAAGACCAUUAUUUACUGCUGGAUUCCCCGCUAACGUUAUGGUAAAUGUAUGUGUUUUGAAAACAAACUGGAAACAUGAAGCUGAUGCUGAGUUAAUGGCGAUUAUUGCAACUUCAGCUGCUCUUAUGAAACUGAAUAUCACUCAGGCUGGACCUAUAGGAGUCAUCCGUAUUGGAAGGAUUAAUGAAAAUAUCAUAAUAAAUCCUACCAUUGACGAGCAACGUAGAAGUGAUAUCAAUUUGUUAUACGUAUGCACACGUCAAAACCCUAUCAUGGCUGACCUGGUAGCUAGUGAGAUCUCAGAGAGCGAUCUAACAGCUAAUCUAAAGCUAGCUCAGCUAGAGGCUGUUAAAUGCAUUGACUCUCAAGUAAAGCUGAGAGAACGUUAUCAGAUGGACAAGAAAGACACAUCGAAUUCCAAGAAUUUUCAGGAUACAAGAACUCAAUCAUCAAAUCACAGUGGACGUGAGGUUGCUCUAGGGCAGGCACAUUGUACAGAAACUAUAUCGGACGUCAACAGAUUUGACGGGAGAAGUAUUCACCAAAUAAGACCACUACACUGUGAAGCUGGUUAUUUACAUACGUUGCAUGGGUCAUCACUUAUGUCAUGCGGAGAGACACAGGUAUUAUGCACUGCAUCAAUUGGUAAACCUGGAGAAACACAAAGCGUUGACGUGCUCCCAAGAAAAAGUUUUCGUGUUGAUUAUGAUUUUCCACCAUUUUGUACAAAUCAUAUCGUAGACAUUUUUUCACGUCGAUGGCUCGAAAUUGGCGACGGAAUGUUUACUGAGAAAGCCUUGCUUGCUGUCAUUCCCUCUCAAAGAGAUUUUCCAUAUGCUAUUCACCUUAACUCAGAGGUGUUAGCCUCAGAUGGCUCUUCAUCGACAACAAGUGUUUGUGGAGGUAGUAUAGCUUUGAUGGACGCUGGAGUUCCUAUAAAAAGUCAUGUUGCAGGUGUCUCUAUAGGUCUUGUCACUGAUAUGGAGACAUCCAACGGACAGCUAGAGAACUACCGUAUAAUAACUGAUACAUCGGGUUUAGAAAAUGACUUGGGAGAAAUGGAUUUCAAAAUUGCUGGUACACGAAAUGGUAUAACAGCAAUUCAGUUGGAUGCAAAGUCAACUCUACUCUCGUUAGAUGUCAUUGGUGAAGCUUUAAAGUAUGGACGUCAAGCCCAUCUUCAAAUUCUUGACCACAUGGAGCAAGCGAUAAAUUCCCCAAAAGAAACUUCUUAUUAUAAGGAAAGAAGGAUUGAAGAUGUUUGACCAAAAAAAAAAAGGAUUGAAGAUGAAACAGGUAA